GUCAACUCCUCAGGACCUUUUCUCUCCCUCUCUACCCAAUGCCGACCUUCCCUUCCCCUUAGCCCUCUUAGUGAAUGAUGGUUUAUUUAUUUCUAUAUGGAAGACAUAGCUGAAAGGGUUGAUUAGGAAAAUUGUUUUUACUAAUUCCAUCACAUCGUGUAGGGAAAAGAUAGAACUUAAUUACUUAAUUGGGUAACAAGUAGAUAAAUACAGCAAUCAGACAAUAAAAUGUACAGUUACUUUUUUCCUUAAAAAAUUAUUGUAAGUCUGAGCUCAAUGAUACACAACUAGACCAUCAAAUUACUUUCAUAUUGAGGAAAACAAAAACUCUUUUGAAUAACCCUGCAUUCCAGGCUUUCGAUGGAAAAGACAAAGACACGCACUGUACAGCAUUAAGUACUUGGGAGACAUGAUUUUAACCAGGAUGUAACUCAAUUAUAUUAGUGAUUUAUAAAGAGUCUGGAGAAAAUAUUUCUUUAUUUGAGCAUGGGCACUGUCAGAUUAAAGGUGCAGUGGUUCUAAAUGCUGUUUGUUCCAGCCCUGUCUUCGAUUGCAACAAUGUGAGUGUCUUGUCUGUGCUAGUGGAUUAUUAACAGAGGUUAUUGGUCUCCAUGGCAAAGCGAUUGAAUGAUUGCUCUGAACGUAAUCUCAUUUAUGGGGGUGCAAAAAAAAAAGCACUUCAGGUCAGGGAGAAUGUAUAAAUGUCCAUCGCCAUCAAGGUUCUGCUAUUUUUGAGAAGCUGAAGCGACUCCAAGGACGCAGUUCAUAGAAAUUUGGUUCUCAGCCCCAAAAUACUGAUUGAAUUGGGCACAGUAACAAGGACUCUCUGGCCAAAAACCCUUGAAGAGGCCCCGUGAAGGAGGCAGUGAGGAGCUUUUGAUUGCUGACCUAUAUUGUACCACCCCAGCAUGUGCACUGGGAGCUGUGCCAGAUGCCUGGGGGGCACCCUCAUUCCCCUUGCUUUAUUUGGCUUCCUGGCUAACAUCCUGUUAUUUUUUCCUGGAGGAAAAGUGAUAGAUGACAACGACCACCUUUCCCAAGAGAUCUGGUUUUUCGGAGGAAUAUUAGGAAGCGGUGUCUUGAUGAUCUUCCCUGCGCUGGUGUUCUUGGGCCUGAAGAACAAUGACUGCUGUGGGUGCUGUGGCAACAAGGGCUGCGGGAAGCGAUUUGCGAUGUUCACCUCCACGAUAUUUGCUGUGGUUGGAUUCUUGGGAGCUGGAUACUCGUUUAUCGUCUCAGCCAUUUCAAUCAACAAGGGUCCUAAAUGCCUCAUGGCCAAUAGUACAUGGGGCUACCCCUUCCACGACGGGGAUUAUCUCAAUGAUAAAGCCUUGUGGAAAGAGUGCCACAAGCCUGACGAUGUGAUUCCCUGGAAUCUGACCCUCUUCUCCAUCCUGCUGGUCGUAGGAGGAAUCCAGAUGGUUCUCUGCGCCAUCCAGGUGGUCAAUGGCCUCCUGGGGACCCUCUGUGGCGACUGCCAGUGUUGUGGCUGCUGUGGGGGAGAUGGACCCGUUUAAACCUCUGAGAUAAGCUGCUCAAACUCUACAGCAUGAUGACUACAAUUUCUUUUCAUAAAACUUCUCUUCUUGGGAUUGUUAAUUCCUAUCUGCUUCCUAGCUGACAAAGCUUAGAGAAGGCAGUUAUUCCUUCUUUCCAACCAGCUUUGCUCGAGUUAGAAUUUUGUUAUUUUCAAAUAAAAUUAGUUUGGCCACUUAACAAAUUUGAUUUAUAAAUCUUUCAAAUUAGUUUCUUUUUAGAAUUUGCCAACAGGUUCAAAGCAAACUUUUCAUGAUUUUUUUUAUUACAAAUGUAAAAUGUAUAAAGUCACAUGUACUGCCAUACUACUUAUUUGUAUAUAAAGAUAUUUAUAUCUUUGGACGUUUUACAUAAAUCAAAGGAGGAAAGCACAUUUAAAAUGAGAAACUAAGACCAAUUUUUAAGAUGUAUAAGGAAAAAAGAAUGAUUGAUGUAUCAUAAGUAUUGGUUAUUUGUCGUCUUUUUCUGCUGACUUGCUUGAGUUGCAUGUGACUGAUCUUUUGAGACUGUCAUCUUGGCUAGGGUUCUCUUAAGUAUGUUAAAUUAAAACCUGAAUUCAGAGGUAAUGUAACAAAGAUUGUGUGUGUUUUAGGAGGUGGGGGGGGCAAAAGGUUGAAUGAAUAACAACUCAUCUUUUCUACAAAUACUUCCUUUGAUCAAACAAAAACAAGUUUUUAAAAAAUUGA